CAUGUACAUUUUAUAACAUUAAUUAUUAUUAAUUAUUAAAACUAUUUAAACAUAAUAUAACGAUAAAAACGAUACAAUAAUUCUACAUUACGUAGUGUUUCAAUGCGCAUGCGCGAUAGAUUCUUUUCAAACAUGUGUUUGAUUUAAUUAAGUAGCACACUUCCGAGGUAUUAACCCGUGUCCCAUGUGAGUGUUUGUAUUCCUUAACGCGUGUUUAUUUAGCCAUUAUUUUCUCGCGGCAAACAAACCCUCUCCAGUGUCAACAUCUGCUUAACGCCUUAAUUGAGAUUGCCCAGAGUCAUGAGCAUUGAUUGAACCAUCUCUCAAUAAGCUGUUUCUAAAUUAGCAUACGCCGGCCGAGACGUUUCAAUGUUUGCCCGCGUGUUUGUUCAAAAUGAGAUUUAAACCGGAGUGCAAAGUAAAGUUGAUCAUCACUGAGGGUCUAUAGGGCUGGCCAUCUGUCCCUCGUUGCCACGUCUGCGACGUCUUGGUGGUCCAUUUUGGGGCUGGUGCGCAACAGCAUCGGCACUAGCGCUGGCAAUGAAGCGCUCUCAGGAAUCCGCAAGCAUUUCGUCGCGUGGAGUACAAUGCCCGGAUUAGAAUUUAUGUUGUAAAUGAAAAUGUAAAUAAAAUGAAUAAUAAUAACAUAUUAAGUAGCUCAAAGAAACUUAGGCAGAAAUUUAUUCCUUUUAUCUCUUUUAAUAACGUUUACAUUGUGUAAGAUCAGAUAUCAUCGAGUAUGUAACAGCAUAUGAAACACUCGUUCGAUAAACAUGCCACUAUCAAAUUACUGAGAAUACAAAGCUAUCCUCGCAGGGUUCUGUGAAUGAAAAUUAUGCACGCAGUAGGAUAAAUAAACAAUUAUCAGAAAGAUGUCACGUUGGUUCGAUCUGUCGAGCAUGCUCCUAAUGGGUAUGGUGUUGAUUAGUUCAAUAGUGUGGAAUGCGGCUAAAAGUUCGAUCAUGAGAUGCGAGGACGCGAAACUAAAAUGUGCUUACAGAAUAGGCUGUGGUACUGCUUUACAGCACUAUCUUACGGGCUGUGCACCCGUUCUCCAAGGCAAUGAUUGUUCUGAGACCUGCCAACAUGCCCUUAUUGCUCUUACAAGCACCGAUGAGGGCAAAGAACUUAUGACAUGCGAAUGCGAAGACGAGUUGUGCCUCCAGUCAAAACAGAGAGUAGAAAUAUGCAGAUCCUCGGUGACAAUGGCAAUGAACAGGACAAAAGUGUCCUGUAGAAUAGCAACAUGGAUUUGUAAUGCGGAUGCCCUUUGUCAAACUGCACUUGCAUAUUAUAAUAGAUUCUGCAAGAGCAUGUUCCAAGGACGAAAAUGUACCAGACGGUGUAGGAAUUCGAUAAAUAUUUUAACAAGACAAGAAAAGGCUGCGAAAUUAAAUACAUGCCAAUGUGAUGGUUUUGAGGAAUAUGACUGCAAGGGAAUUCAUCGAAAUAUGAAUCUCCUGUGUUUUGGAAAGAUCCACCAUGGUUACCGAGAUGUGAACGUCGAUGACGAUAAAAGGAAUGAAUUUCUACGACCAAAUAUGAGUCUUAGAGGAGACGGUGUUCAAACACUUAUCGACAGACGGUUAUUUUUACUUAUUUUUAUAAUUUAUUAUAUGUUUAAAAUAAGACAAGACUGAUGAUCCAGAAAAAAAAGACAGAAAAAUCUCCAAAAAGAUAACAGUAUUUCAUGAAACCAAUUACCAAAGAUCUUUAUCAAUUUUCUUAACCAUCAAUUUGAACAAUAAUGAAUUACUUGUAUUUUAUUAAUAAUUUAGAAACUUCAUUGUCGUACCGAAGAGCUGAAUUUUCUAUUAAAUUUUCCGUUUUUUUUUUGAUAAAAUUUUGUACAAAUAACAAAAUAGAAAAUAGGGGAAGAAUCUUGUACAGUAGAAACAUUGUAUAGUGUAUUAUAGCAAAUGUAACUGAAUGAUUCGUUACAAGUAUUUAGUUAUAAAUGAAUUUUAUUUAUGAAGGCAUAAUCAUGUAAAUAUCUACACACCAGAAAA